AUGUCGAACCGUGGUCAGUAUAUCUUUCAUAACCGAGAGAAUCUCUCGAUAAUAGGGGGCUUUCUGCAUUGGCCCAUAUUCUUGUGGGAUCCCUAUCCUCUUUCAGCUUUGAAACUUGUGUUAUAUGCGUGUGAUUAUGUUGUUCAGACCGUUGGGUUCUCUUUUCAUCUGAAACUGAGGCAGCAACAAGAGAUAUCUAUUCUCGAAGGCAUCGAGCUGGAAGAGGUGGUUGACUGUCUGCCAUCAGUUCACCAGGUCCUCAGAAACCGUGAGACAAUCGAUUCAGGUCUAGGCGUUGUCCAAAGAUCGUCCACCAGACCAAAGCAAUUGUUUCCCUUGUAUCAGACGGUGGAUGAAGCCAGUGUGGAGGCAUUCGCAAUCAACCGUUCCCCACAUGGACAGCCCGCUAAAACCACGAGACUUCUGCCACCUCCAUACGGCUCUUACUAUCCAUCCAGAGCUGCUCCUGCGGUUACACCUUCCGCGCAUCCUCUCCUCCAGCAGUCUCCGGCGUCCGCCGCGGAAGGAUCAUCGAACCUGACGGCCGCACCGGCUGCUCCGGUCAUCGUGGUGACCGAUCCCGUUGGUGAUCAACGAGCCCUAAGCACCGAAGACGAGUUUCUCUUUCCAGUUCCUCUUCCGGGGGACGCAUCCCCUCAACCAGGUAUUCCUCUUCCCCAUGUAGCCGAAGAACCCCGCGGACAAGCUUAUGACAUUUUAGAGGAGUUCCGGGAGAGGGACGACAAUCCUCCGCCACCCCGCAAGUCCACAGUCCAGAGAUCCCGCCUGUCCCCAUUCUGGCAGCCUCGGCCCGUCCGCACUUACUCGUCGUUCGCCGGAGGGGGGUACCCGCCAGACAACGGGAUGGGCUUCCCGAGUCUGUCCCUGUCCCUGUCCCUGUCCCCGUCCCCUCCCGGCAUUGAGAUCGUGACCGCGUUCCAAGACCAACCCGCGCGGACGGCGAAAUGCGAUGUGUGCGAUGGCCGCAACACAUCCGGCAUGAGCCGCUGUACGGUGUUGCACGUUGCGCCGGUCACGCGGGAGGAAUUACUGCGGAGCAGCACGGAAGCCAGGAGUCGAUCGGCAGGCAGAACAAAGAGAAGGAAGCAGACGAAGAAGGCUGGUGGUGGUGGUGGUGGUGGUGCAAGGGCGAGUGCGCAUGCGCAUGCGAGGAACAACCGCGGGUUGGAGUUGCAGGAGUCCCCGGUCAGCAGCACUUCAGACGCCACCGAAGCAAGGUACCAUGGGGAGACACGUAUGCUCGAGAAUCCUCAUCCGCGCGCGAGUAGCCAUAAGUCGUUCGUCGACGGGGACGUGAUCGUACGAGAUUUCGGAGCAGUGACGGAAGCCGAAGGUACGGCGGCCGAGGCAGCUCAAGACCAGCUGCAGCACAUUCGCACAUUUCCCAAACCCAAGCAGGCUCAGCAAUUUGUCAGUGCAGUGCAUCCGAGCUACAGCCACGAGUGUAUUUGGGGUCCGCCGCCUGGCCUCGAUCACGCCUUCACCCACAAUGCAGCUCGUUUUCACAUCCCAGCCGCUCCACCGGGAAGACCAGAGUACAGUGAUCAAGACUUGAAGGAUGCUGGCGAGCUUCUUACCUUCACAACCGCGGCGACAGCGAUAGAAGAUGUAAAGCGAGGUAUCCAUCUCCCAGCCGGAGGUAUCCCAGAUAAAGGUAGCAUUAUCAAAGACGCGAGCGCACUGGCCCAGUGGGAGAUUGAGGAGUAUAAGCAGAGCCGUGCUUCGGAAACCCUCGCAGGUAUGAAUCCGACGAACCAGCAUCAGGGGCUCGCGAAGCACGAUGCUGUGCAGGUCGAAGCGUCGCUGAGUCGGUCGUCACCGAGCAUGCUAGAUCUAGUUUUCGAUAUAAGGGCUCUCGAUUAG